AACAUUUGCAAUUGAUGCGUUUUUACAGUGAAAACGCCGUUUUCAAAUUUCUCCGGCGUACGUGUGAACGAGGCCUGAGCCCCCGAAGGUUUAUUAACAAUUAUAGACACUUAGGCCAUGUCUUAUUCUAUCAUACACACGACGUGAAUUAGAGAAGACGAGAGACGUUUGGAAAACACGCUUUGCAGGCGAGUGUUUUUCCGCAUUCCAAAAGUUUUCUCAAAUAACCGGCACAUCGUUCUGUUCUCGAUAAAACGUUUUAUGCCUUAUGCGAAACAUUACAUCCCACAAUCUGAUGGAAAAAAACAGCUUUUAAGCCGGCCGAUGCCGAUGCACCGUUUACAAGAUUCUCCGUGAUUGAUUUAGCCAAACGAAACAAUAGGUAAACAACUCAAAUUACGCCCCUAGCCCUAAAAGAGGUGCAGAUUAACGAGAAUGAAUCAAAAUUGAGGUUUUAAGCCCUGGCGAAACGGACUCGCAAGUAGACUUAAAUUGAAAACCUGGAUUUCGGGUGUCUUCAUAGUAACUUCGGAUAUUUUCUUUGUAAAUUUGCACUCGUGCUAAAUGAAAGCUGUACUUCUGCUCAGCCAAUCAGAAUUGAAACAUUCCUUAUCCACAGAGACCCUGGUUUACCCUAUAAGAGAGAGAGAGUGACGGAGAUAUGAAAGAACUCGUAUGCUCUGCACUUGACCGCUGCAGCCCUGACUGCUAGCCCCUUGCAUUCUACUGAGCAACCUCGUUCCCAGGCUCUCUCACCUCGCCUCCCUUUUGUUAAGGGAGGCAGAGGACAGAGAGCCUGGGGACAAGGUUGUAAUCUGAGCGGCAGUAAACAUUUCUGCUGGCGGUUCGGUUUUGGAUUAUUUUCUACAUGAAAACAACUUCUUUGCCUUUUUCACAUCCAACUAAAGAUUGGAAACCACACGUCGCGUGUCAAACCGUUCUGAGAAGAAGAGAAAUCCAUUCACUCCCCGCCGAAAUGUUCCGACACACCUUACAAGGGAAGUACUUCCGGCUUCUGGCAGUCGUGUCUUUCGCUUUCUUGAUAAUUCCUUCGUCUUCGUCUCCAGCAGUCGGUGUACCGAAUGGAUGCGUGGAGGUGGUCGUUUAUGCGAAAAAAAUGGCGAUCGAGAGCAUGACAAUUGAUUUAAGGCUUGUGUCGAGCAUUAUCGACUGUAUAAAAGAACUGCACAAGCUAUAUCGAACAACUGACUGGAAGGAAAUUCACAACAUGGUCCCAAACGCAGUGAGGGAGGUCCUUCGUAACGUGCCGAAUCUGGGGAAAAAAGCUCUCGCCGUUGCGACGAGAACCCAAGGCCUACUUUUUAUGCCGUUGUAUUCUCUGUACAAAGCUGUGGACAUGUUCCAUCAAGCGAUGACGUUGGACAUGGAAUACAAGAAAUAUCGGAAAGAGUUCGAAAGGCUGCAAGUAGAGCUGGAACGUACAAUAGAUCAGAUACAUACCGAGCUUCUGCCAAACUGGGAACACUCAAGUACUACGGCUCUGCAGAAAACUACCAUGGAGAUGCUCCAAAAGUUAGAUCGCUUUUCUGCCGAUCUCAAACAGCUAGCUCGAUUUAUCAGAAGCGACAUCGAUAGAAGCCACAGCAAUAGAGACUGGGCUGUUACUUCUGUAUUUGGCUCCGUAUUUUUAUUUGUGACGUCCCUUGUUACUGGAAGUGUACCCGGCGCUGCUUUCUCAGGGGCUGCUACCCUAACAGGCCUAGCCACCAACGCUGCUCUCGCCGGAACAAUCCGUAGGCUGGAAUCCCUUCAACACGAGGUGGAGAUGACGUGCAAUGAAAUCAAGGAAUACCGCUCCCGUAUGGUACAUGAAAUAAGUCUAAUGCGUAGAGCGUCUACGAGCGACUUUUCUGUCGUAUUCCUUUUCUUAGUUGCCGCUAUUUCUUUGUACCUCGUUUACCGUACGCGUGUUGUGUCGCGUGAAACGGUGGUGGACGGACCGACGGGACAGACAGGGACGGGACGAGGACUUCAAACGGGACGAGUAGGCGCGAGACAAACGGACAAGCGACUCCCACGCGUACGGUCGGCCCCGGCAGGAAUUGGACGAUUCCGAUCGCCGCGAGUGCCAAGUAAGAUCAAGUACAAUCAUUUGCACAAAAAGGCACUGAAUAGAGAAACUGCCCUUCCUGUCGAAUCGAAACAGGAGGAGAACAAAAACGACAGCGUCCAGCAUAAUUCGACGUCAGAAUAGCACGUAUAUAACGGCAUCAACGGCAAACAGUCUUGAAUGUUUACCGAAGGAUCUCAACCAGCUUCUUAAUACAACAAGAAAAACAGUAACACAGGAAAGUAGCGCUCACCGAUCAAGUAUAACUUUCACAAAAGAGCCACCGUGACACUACAGGAUCUCAUCAUGGCUAUAGAUUCCAAAGUUAGAACCACCCUCUUUAGCAUAAUAAUCAACAGUAGACAUGGUAGAGGAGAGUACUCUUCAGUAGCUUUCAUUUGAAUGUUCAAACUUUAGGAGUAGCUGCUCAUUGUUACAAUUCAGAAUCCCAUCCGCAGUUUCAGGCCCCGUCCCAGGCACAUUACACUGGAAGAAAACAGCUCAGAGCUUUUCCAAAACUCACUUCAAGCCGGAGGAAUUUGAAAACGCUGGCUUUUCGUUUUCGUGUGGACGGAAAACAUUUUGAAAACGGAGUCAAGUUUUCCAGAACGAUGGCGUCCCAUAAUUAUGUGAUUUGCCUGACCGAGUUUUCGUCAAACACAAAUCCAAAAUGACCGGUGAUUAUUGCGAUUUUAAAUACCUCUGGCGUAGUGUGGACGGAAAACGUUUGAUGCGUUUUCAGAGUGAAACUGACUCCGUUUCCAAAUUCCUCCUGCGUAGUGGGAAGGCGGCCUCAGAAGUAAAAAACACUGCAUAUAACAUAAUUACCGUACCACAGCAAAGUACUGCUCAGUGCCUUAAAUUAGACUGAGCUUAUUUCAUCAAGACCCACCAGUGAGAGCCAGAUUACCUAGCAAUGGGUAAAGUAUUACUGAAAAAAAGCAAUUUUUAAUUCAACAGGAUAAUAUGUAUGAUAACUUUUUCACAUCAAUGAAAACGGAUUACAAUUCUUGCCAGGUAGACUGCUAGCGUUUUAUCCAGGUCUUAGCCGAAAUAGCAAACCUUCUGUUUUGAUCCGAAAAAAGUGGAUUGCCCAGGAGUGUGUCAUGAAGUAAUUCCAUUUUAGAAAUAAACGAUUUUGAACAGAAAAUUUCGUGACAAAGCUGUCAGAAGACAACGAGUGUUUCAUGGAAAACACGAUAAAGUUGCAGAUUACACGAUACUGUCUAAGCAAUGAAUUAAACAGUGAAUCGAAUCUGAAUUAGGAAGAAAUAUUAGCUGAAAUAUUAGUGACUGAACUUCAAGAUUAAGAGAAUCGGAUUAAAUAAAUAAUUGAUUUAGUUAUGGCGAAAAUAAGCAAAGAAAAACUAACAGAAAUAGUGAAUGCUGCGCCAGUCUUAAGGUCAAAAUCAGAAAAGUAUUCGAAAAAUAAAUCUAGAAAGAAAGGUAAAUUACAAAUUGAAUUACCACAGAACCUAACUUCAUGCUAAAUGAAAAUAAAACUAAAAAAGCAAAGAAGGAAACGAAAGUUAAAGUUAUGAACACUUGAAAACAACUUUGUGUCUAAGGAACACUGCUUGGAAAACGAAACAACAGUCAAUCGACAAUGUAACAGGAUCAAAGGAAAGGAAAAUAAAUUUUUGAAACGAUA